AUGAGCUUCGAGCUGCCAGAGAUUUACGUUAACCCGCCCCUGACGUGGGGCCCGCCGCAAAAGGAGAUGGAGACAGACGGCCUGGCGGUGCAGCUGUACCAGAAGGCCGACGCCAUUGCGCCGAGCAACUGGCUGGACGUCAUGGCGGAGCGCGAGGAGCGGGCGAAGGAGGCAAGGCAGUUCACUACCGUCAAGGAUGAGAACCGCCUCAAGGCUCUGCACAACGUGCACGCAAAGGAGCGUCGCCACGGCCCAGAGCGGCGCUUCGUCAAGCGGUACUUCAACAACCGCGGCAACUUCCCGAACAAGGUGAAGCGCAACCUCACGCUCCUGCCAGACACCGUCAAUGUUCCGACGGAUGUCCGCAUCCUCGCGGAGUUCACGCAGGCGGAACUUUCGAAGAUGCAGAACCUGCAGGACAUGCCGACGGUGGCGGAUAUCUCGCUUCACAACCGGCCGCCGCUCUACAACAACAAUGUGGAAAAGGCAAGUUGCAAGGCUCCAGUCCGCCUCGAUGAGGAGAGCGCGGCACGCCAGGAAUUUAUGCGAUCGAACACUGUGAAGGACGAGACGCUGCGCGAGAUCCUCAAGAAGGAGGCGGCGGGAACGCACCCCAUCGUUGUAACAACCGAUGAGGUACUUGCCCUCAUGAUGACGUGCAACCGUAGUGUGCACCCGUGGCACCUUGAGUUCUUCCGCUUCGGUCGCAUGGUAUUUAUCUCCAAGACGGAGGAGAGCAACAUCGAGAUGCAGUGGGUGGGCGAGACCGCCGACGCGUCGCGCCGCCCAACAGAAAACGAUCCCAUCGAGACGGAGCGCAUCACUUCACUCGGCGUGGAGUCCACCAAGGUAAGCAACGCCUUUGUGGCGCAGUCGUGCUCCAAGACGCGGUACCAGAUGAAGUGCGAGAAGAACCCGUUCCCGCAAACGCAGCCACGCCUGUACCGCUACCGCCGCUACAGUAUGCAUGGCGACUCCGAGGACCGCUACGAUUUGAUUGUCCGCUGUGAGGUGGACGCAGUACAAGACGACAAGUACCUUCGCAUUUUUGGCCUUCUGGAGCAGUGCUCGGAAGGAGUGAACAGCGAGUGGCGUAAGACAUUAGACUCUCAGGCCGCAAAGUGGACGUCAGACGAGUACCGGCGAAAUUCGCAGAAGAUGGCGCGCUGGGUCUCCCUCUGUCAUUUAUCAGGGGCCUUGAUGAAGAUUGGAUUCUUGUCACGCUGCCGCAGAAGCAACGGCACACUUGACCCGACGAAGCACGAGGUGCUGGCUGUGCACACGAAGGACCCUGGACCGCUCGCCGCGCAGCUCGGCAUCAGGGUCACGAACAUGUGGGCCAUCGCCGACAACAUCAUCAUGGCGUUCUUGAAGCAGAAGGAGUUCAAGGAUGCGAUACUUGUAAAGAAGAGUGGUGAACAAUCAAUCCUGUUGAUUGAAAACAUGGAAGAAGACGAGGACGACGAUGAUGAUGAUGACGACGAGGAUGAGAGCGAAGAUGAGGACGAGGACGAUGAGUGA